GCGCCCCGUACGCCGCUCGGACCCGACGCACCCGAUCCCAAGAUGGCGGCGCCCAGCGGGAAGAGGACCGGCGGCGGCGGCGGCGCCGGCUUGUGGGUCGGGCUGCUCCUGGCGGCCGCGGCCCUGAGGCCGGCGGAGGCGGUGUCCGAGCCCACGACGGUGGCGUUUGACGUGAGGCCCGGGGGCGUCGUGCACUCGUUCUCCCAGAGCGUGGGCCCGGGGGACAGAUACACUUGUGUGUUCACCUACGCCUCUCAAGGAGGGACCAAUGAGCAGUGGCAGAUGAGCCUGGGCACCAGCGAAGACGGCCAGCAUUUCACCUGCACCAUCUGGAGACCCCAGGGGAAGUCCUAUCUCUACUUCACCCAGUUUGAGGCGGAAGUGCGGGGUGCCGAGAUCGAGUACGGCAUGGCCUAUUCCAAAGCUGCUUCGGAGAGAGAGAGUGAAGUUCCCCUGAAAAGCGAGGAAUUCAAAGUGACCAAAACAACAGUGGCGCACAGGCCCGGGGCGUUUAAGAACGAGCUCUCCAAGCUGGUGAUGGUGGCCAAGGCGUCCCGCAGUGAGCUGUGACCAGGAGCCCUUCGGGGUGGCUUUUCGUCAUCUCCGAAGGAUCCCGGGGUCCUGAGAGGCUGGCGCGUUUCUGGAUUUUAGGGGGGCCCCUCGAUUUCUGUCCAGCAAACGCAGCCCUGUUUGGAGGGGUUCACAGAGCACCCAAGGCCCAGAGGCAGAAUCAAGGGGCCCAGAGAACCUGCUGGAACCCCUUCCUGCCUCUCCCGCAGGGGAGUGUUGGUCGCAGAACCGUCCACGUGCCUUUCUUUCCAGAAAGGGCAUCGGGGACGAGGAGGGGUGCGUCUUCCUGGGCGCUCCGGGUCCUGCUUUCCUGUGACCCCCAAGCAGAGCCCACCGCCUGCCUCCAGGACGAUUUUCCUACAGCCCACCUUCCAAGGGCCUCCUUUCACAAUUGAGUUGGAAGAAAUUAAAUGUUCUUUUGUAUUUAAAUAAACAAGGCAGGGUUAAAA